AAUCUGAAUCCCUGCGACUCAUCGCGCCCAGUGGUGGGGGGUAUUCGAUUCACAUGCUAAACUUUUUAGAACCUCUGAUUUUAAUUUGUGACGUAUAAAAAUCCCCGAUUCGUUAAAGUCGUCACCUGAGCAGCCAGCAUUCAGAGGCCAGUAACUUUUCAGAAGAGAGUUGGUUGACAGUAUGGCUGCGUCUACCGUUAGUUGCCAGAUCAGGCUGGUUGACGCAAAGCCAGUUUUCACCAUAGACAGCAUCCUUGGGUUGAAUUUGGACAGGCCAGGACUACAAAAUGUGUCUGUGAAGCUGUAUCGACCUUGGACAGAAUUGGAACCAACGCAACAGAGAAGUCACACCAUAGUCAAUAGACCGUCGGAGCCUUCCUCAGAGAUAAAGGGGACAGAAGAUGAACAGAAGCUCAACUGUAAACAACACUUUACGGAGUCCUACAGGAGAACAUUAAACUGGUACAUUGGGCGCAGGCCGCGGACGGCUUUCAGUAGCACACAGAUUGAAGUCUUGGAGAGUGUGUUUCUCAUCAACUCAUAUCCGGGUAUUGACAUCAGAGAAGAGCUGGCUCAAAGGUUACAUCUGGAUGAGGAUAGAAUACAGAUCUGGUUUCAGAACCGCAGGGCCAAGCUGAAACGUUCUCACAGAGAGUCACAGUUCCUCAUGGUGAAAAAAGCCUUCGCAGAUCUCAAGGACAAAGAAGAGGAAUAGUCCUGAUGAUAAACACAGACCUUAUAGGGGCCUUAAAUACCUUAAUUAAGGACUGCUCGCUCUCUCUCUCUCUCCCUCUAUAUAUAUAUAUAUAUUUAAUAUAUUCUGAUGUAAAUGUACAGCGUUUCCCAAACUCGGUCCACAAGGUGUGCACGUUUUGCUUUUUGCCUUAGCGCUCCUAACACUACACAGCUGCUUCAAAUAAUCCAAGCUUGAUGAUGAGUUGAUUAUAUGAAUCAGCUGUGUAGUGCUAGGGCAAAAAGUCAACAAAACGUGCACCGAGUUUGGGAAACCCUGUUCUAGGGUAUGUUCAUUUUUAUAAACAGAUAAGACCAUUGUCAAAUACAUUUGUGGGUACGGCGUUUAUUGAGCUAUAUUGGCAAACAUGUUUAUUUUCUCCAACAAUAGAAUACAUUUCUGAAAGUUUAGAUUAUUCAAUUAUUUAGUUUGCAAGCAGCUGCAGGUUGUGGGUGUUUCCAGAACAUCCAGAGAUAAGCUCUCCUUAUUGUUCGAGAAACACCCCGGUAUGAACCAAUUUGUCUCCUUCAGUAGCGCCUCAGCAAGCCAAUUAAGUUUAGGGGAGUGAGAGACAAAAGAGUAGCAGUGAGGCAGCCUGCCCUGCAGGCAACAGGAAGGAGAUAGUAUAAAGGUUUAGAUCGUAGAGAAAGCUUUGAGGAAAGAAAGAAAAGUAUAUUUAAGAUAAUUGCAUUUAUGCUUGGCAGGCACCCGCACCUCUCUUUUCUGACUAAAGAAGUAGGCCCAUAUAUCUCUACUUGUGGUGUCAUUCUGUAAAAUAAAGAUAAGGAACAGGGAUUUAAGUUUACAACUCAAACCAAUAGGCAACCUCUUGACUAACCCACUACUCUACUAACAUGGUAUGGCUGCAGUUUCACUGCCUUAACACAGGAGGGUGCUAAAGAAUAUCAAACGAUUCUCUCUGUCUCCCUCUCCUCCCCCAUUUCUCUCUGUCUAGUCCUUUGCCCCCUACUCUGACUCUCUGAGUCUAUUCUACACCAAUAAAAUACAAUUUCCCACA